AUGAGGCCCACCAAUUAUCUUCCGGGGCCGUCGAUGCUUCUCUCUGCCAUCCUCUUAGUUGCCCCUGCGAUGGGCCAGAAGGACGAGAAAGACACGAAUUCCAAGCAGGAUGAAACUCCUUCGUCAACGCCUUCAGCAAAGGACACUGGGAAGACGACAACGUCACCGACUCCGAGCAAAGAAACCAAGUCUACCGAGACUACCUCAGCUACGAAGCAGACCAAAGUCUCCAUCUCGAACACCGGUUCUCUCGUGACCAAGGACCCUACCGGUAACCCAACGAUCACGGGCGGCCCAGCCCAGACGACUGGUGGUGAACUGACGGGAUUUCCUACGCUGACCGGCCCUGGAGUUAUUCCAACCUACCCGCCCCCCAGCGUACCGCCAACGAAGAACGCGCCCUUUAUGCAGCAGUCAAAUCUACCUGACGGCACCGUUUUCAUUGCCGUGGGGGCCAUCCUCGGCGCGCUUGGACUGGCACUUCUUCUUUGGCGCAGCAUAGUCAGUCUCAUGCUUCAUAGAUCCGUUGCGCGUGCCGCCAUGGCCCAGCACAAUGGCGAUAGCAAAGCCGGCUUCCCUGCUCCACCUGCUCCGUUCUACAAAUACACCGAUCACGCAUCAACCAUGUCUGUCGGUGGCGGCGGUGGUGCUACUUCUGCUGCAUCCGCUGGUCGUGGCGUUCGCCGGACGAACCGUGGGCCAAUUCCUUCAUCGACUCCCAGUCAGUCCAACUUGUUCUUUUCCCCCACAGCCGGAGCUGGUGCAUCAUCAAACCGCGGGUCAUCAUUUUUGCCCUCCGGCUUCUAUGCCGCCGGCACCAGCUCGCCCGGAGGUGGUAACCAGACGAACUCGAUCAAUCUGUCCAACCUUCGCCCGGACUCGCGAGGCCACUAUGCCAACGCUUCCCGAAACACCAUGGAUAUUUCACCCCCCGAUUCUCCACGCGUCGCUGCACGUCGGGACAUGAGCAGCAGCUCCUUGAAUGUCAGCCUCGCACCAGGCCAGCGUGCCCCCAGUGCCUAUCUCGACGACUUGUUAACAGACGAUCCAAAUGCGUUCCCGCCUCCUCAAAUGCCACCCUCCGCUGGACCCCGCCGUUCUGGCAGCCCAGCUAAUCGCUUCUAA